UUAGAGUCCAGAGCACAGCUUAUCUGCAUCAACAUUUCCUAAGAUGUGGGAGGAGUUUGGUUCGGAUAAAUAAUUCAGCAUGCAGUGGAGAGAACAGCAGACCAGGAAGGCAGCAGCCCUGACCACCAGGAGCCAGAUAUCACAGACACUGGCAGCUGGCUCAGCUCUGCAGCAUCUGCACUGCCUUGGCCCUCCUGUCCCUGGGAGCAAAGAGCAACACCCUGAAGGAAAUCCUAGAAGGUCUCAAGUUCAACCUCACAGAGACCCCUGAACCAGACAUCCACCAGGGCUUUAGGUACUUGCUAGACCUUCUAAGUCAGCCAGGGAACCAGGUACAGAUCAGCACAGGCAGUGCCCUGUUUAUUGAAAAGCACCUACAGAUCCUGGCAGAGUUCAAGGAGAAGGCAAGGGCUCUGUACCAGGCUGAGGCCUUCACAGCAGAUUUCCAGCAACCUCUCAAGGCCACAAAGCUCAUCAAUGACUAUGUGAGCAAUCACACCCAGGGGAAGAUCAAGGAACUCAUCUCAGGCCUGAAAGAGAGCACAUUGAUGGUGCUGGUGAACUACAUCUACUUUAAAGGCAAAUGGAAGAACCCCUUUGACCCGAAUGAUACAUUUAAGUCCGAGUUCUACUUGGAUGAGAAGAGGUCUGUGAUUGUGUCCAUGAUGAAAACUGGUUACCUGACAACUCCCUACUUCCGGGAUGAGGAGCUGUCCUGCACUGUGGUGGAGCUGAAAUACACAGGAAAUGCCAGUGCCAUGUUCAUCCUCCCUGACCAGGGCAGGAUGCAGCAGGUGGAAGCAAGCUUACAACCAGAGACCCUGAGGAAGUGGAAGAACUCUCUGAAGCCCAGGAUGAUACAUGAGCUCCGCCUGCCCAAGUUCUCCAUCUCCACCGACUACAGCCUGGAGCACAUCCUUCCUGAGUUGGGCAUCAGGGAAGUCUUCUCCACACAGGCUGACCUGUCUGCAAUCACAGGAACCAAGGAUCUGAGAGUCUCUCAGGUGGUCCACAAGGCUGUGCUGGAUGUGGCUGAGACAGGCACAGAGGCUGCUGCUGCCACAGGAAUGGCAGGUGUCGGAUGUUGUGCAGUUUUUGACUUUCUGGAAAUAUUUUUCAACAGGCCAUUCCUGAUGAUUAUCUCUGACACAAAAGCUCACAUUGCCCUCUUUAUGGCAAAAGUUACAAAUCCAGAGAGAUCUAUGAACUUCCCAAAUGGUGAGGGUGCUUCUUCCCAACGGCUGGAAUCUAAGCGUUUAUGUUUUGGUGAUCCGCUAUGCCUGAUUGGACAGUGACACUUACCAACUCUGUCACGUCCUCAUGCAGAGAAAGAAGCCUAUGGCUGGUUAUUGUCAGACUCUCUGUCAUGAUGGUAUCACGAAAUCAGGUUCCUGACCUGAAAUUUGUGUUAUUCCCUUUCCCUGCUGUCUCCAUUGUAUCUGCCUCAACCCAAAAGCCUGGGCCCAGCAGUGAGGCUCUCUCCUAACUUAGGCUCUGCUUAUGUCUGCCUUCAUCCUUUCAGUCAUGAUGGGACUGUGCAAGUUUACAGGCCAACCCAUAAGGACUAAGAAAGGAACCUGGUGCCCUGGGUCUAUCUGCAGCAUCUGAAAUGCUUGGUGCCCAGAUCUGCCUUAUGCUUGCCUUCCUCUGGGCAGAAUUAUCCUCAGCCCCUGCAUAGUCUCCUGGCCCCACCCAGAUCUGGCACAGGUGGAGAUCUCAGCCCUGCAGCUGCAUGGGGCCUGUGGGUCAGAGCAGCUCCUCCCCCUGUAGCACUCCUACUCAGAACAGAGUAGUCUUUCUCAAUGUCUCUUGUUGACCAACUACGUAGGACUGGUGGACACCUCUGCAUUCAUCACACAAAUUGAAAGGGCAGGAGCUAAGGAUCAAUAAACAUGUAACUGCAUUGAA